AUUGCAUUGCGACGACCAGCGAAACAAAACGAAAAAACCCAAACAAAUCCGCUUGCAAACUAAUAGAACUGCAGUGGAGUCGAACUACUUGGUAAACGGAUGGCACUGUAAUAAAGGCUAGCAACUGUAUUGGCAAGGAAAGGCGCACUGUUCGUCGCGCGCGUUGUGGGGAAAAACGCGUUGCGUUCUUUUCCAUUUUGUGUGUGUUACCUUACAGCACACACACGCACACGACAUACAAACAUCCGCGGCCACAUACACACACAUACACACUCGCCAACGACAAACACAACGACAGGCGACGACGAGUGAAAGUGUCUCUCCCUCACGGAAGUGCAUCUAUCUGUGAUUUGUAUAAUAAUGCGUCGCGCAUACGCAAAUUUCGGUUGCACCAAAGAUUAACAAGUGAUCCUUGGUUCGGACUGGGACGGGUACUGGGACUCGGAUUUGGAUUUGGAUUCGGAUUCGGUCAGUGCUCCCAAGUGCGGCAACAAACGAAGUGAAAUCGAAUGGCCGAGCAAGUGGAAAAUGCGUUGGCGUUGGCGUUGGCGCACACCAAAGAAAUGCUGCCCAAGUGUUCCGAUUUGGAGGCGUCAGAGGAGGCGGCACUCAGCUCAGGCAGCGAAGAGGAGCCCCCAGACUCCUCCGGCGAGGCUAUCAACGGGGAGCUGGACGCCUCCUGUUACCAUGUGAGCAUGAAAAUGUCCAUCGACGCGGCCACACCGCGCCUAUGUGGCGAGCUCUUUGUGCCGUUGAAAUGUGAUGCGCUGGCGGCUGCACUGCCUGUUGCCCUGGGCCCUGCCGCCGCCGACACCGCCGAAGAUGACGCUGACGAUGACGAUGUCCCUGCCAGCACGCUUUCCCCCGCCCAUGCCCAUGCCCACGCCCACGCCAAAGUGGCUGCACAGCUGCCGUCGCCACCGCCCAACCAGGCGAUGCCGGCACGGAGCGGCACGCCACCGUGCCAGCUGUUGGAGCGUCUCAAUUUCCCGGAGGGCAACAUCAUAAACACGUUGCACACGAUCCUGGCCCUGCCGCCAUUCGAUCCAUACGCACCGCCACCCAGAUCGGAAGUUGUCUACAAAGAUGUGGUGUCGUUGAUGCAAUGGAGCCUGCGGGAUGACAACGCCAUCGAGCUGGAGCUGAGUGACAAAUUGUUGCACGAGUGCGAGCACAAGAGCAACGAUCCCAACGAGGAGGCGCGCUCGUAUUUGAUGGCCAUUGAGAACAUGAGACUGUUCUCGGAGGAUCCAAAGAAUCCGCUGCGCGAUGCCGACGGACAGCUGCGUGCAAUUACGCUUUAUUUCCAGAAUCUUGCCUUUAUUUUUGUGAAGCAUCGAAAGGAUGAGUUCUUCACAUUUUGUUCCUGCAAGGAAUGUCUCGAAUAUCGCGAAACCAUCAUGGCCAUCAUGAUGGAUCAAUUUAAGGCUGCCCACAUGGUGGUUAUGCUGCUGGAUGUAUUAAUCAAGGCCUACAGCCCCAUGUUGAAAAACGAUGCUGCCUACAACAAGUUUGAGAAGCUGCUUGAAUGCAACAAGGAAAUAUAUUGGAUUACCAGCGGCUAUCUAUACGAUAAGAAUGCCGAGUAUCUUGAUUUUAUUGAUGACACAGCGAUCUCCGAUAACAUGAUAUUAGUGCUAUUCAGCGCCAUAUUGAUGGCCAACAAUCCGAUGCUUUUGCUGCAAAUACUCGCCUACAAUGUGGAAUGCAUUGUGAAGGCGUUCUCCGAGGGCAUGAUUGAGAUUGCCCAGAAUGUGCAGGAGAACGAGAAGAUAUCCGCAGAGAGGAUGCUGACAUAUAUACUUGAUGGCUACUCCGACUUGAAUUGCAUCUCACAGAAAAUCUCGCUCAGUCUGUUUGCGUUCGAGAAUGAUUUCCUGCGGAAAUUCAAGCUCUCGUGGGUGCUGCUGUGCCAGCGACUGUUUCAGCAGCAUGUGUUCUCGCCGCUGGGGGACACCAUGCUGGCGUGCAUCCUGUCGCUGAAGGAGGCAGCCCCCUCGGUGCAGACGACGGCGCUGAUCAAGCGCUACAUGCUGUUCGACGAGCACAUGCACUCAAUCGAACGCCGCUGGACGGACAUUUGGAUCGAGCUUAACAAGUUUAACUUGUCGGACACGGAGCACGACCGUCGGAUGGGCCUCUUGGAUGUGUAUAACAUAUUCGACAAGGUCGUCCUCGACGCCACCUCGUUCUCCCUGCCCGACAUAAGCGACGACGAGUUCAUUGACUUUCAGCGCAUCGUCGAUCGGCAGCUGGCCUGGAAGAACAUCAUGGCCUUCACCAAACUGAAGUGGCCCGACGGAUUCUACGAUCCGCCCAACAAGCUCGUGCACGAGGACCUCUGCAAGAAGUGUAAUGCGCUGCUGGAACACCAUCACGAGAACUGCAAAUGCAUCACUUGCUCCAUUGCCGGCACUCCGCUGCGACCGCGGCAGGCUGGCCAUUGCGCCAAGUGCACGACGCUUGGGAUUGUGGAAAAGGACCCCAAGCUCAUGAAAUCCAAGAUUCUCAGCACCUGCACCAGCGAUGAGGCUAAGCACAAUGCGGCAACGGCAGCCAGCACCAGUUCGGCGGCCCAGCAGCAGCAGCGCCGCUGCAGCGAACUAGCCGACGCCGCUGUCGACGAGCAGCCCAGUGGCAGUGGCAGUGGCGCGGUAUUCCGGCGACAGUCGGAGACCGACGUGCUCCGCACAACAUAUCACAUUGCAUGGGCCGUGUUCCAGCAUCUGACCACGCGCAAGCGCUACCGACAUGAGGCCAUCGAGUCUCAGUACUUCUGCGGCGAGAAUUGCCGCGUCUCCGCUUGCCAGUUGGCCCGCAAAAUUCUUGCCAACCAAUUGUCGCCGCCGCUGACCAAGUAUCUGCUGCGUUGCUUUCAGCCGCUGUCGUUCACGCGGGAAGAGCUGCGCUCCACGCUGCCAUCGCUGAUGUUCUUCAACCGCAAGCUGGCGCCGAGUCCCGCCGAGCUGCAGGAGCUGAAGAACCAGCACUACGUGUACAAAACCUACUGGACCUUUGUCCUAUCCAUCUAUGCCAACUUCUUUGUCAAGUUCAACUCCAGCAGCACGGACUUCAGGCAUCUGGAGCUGCUCAAGGGGGAUCUGCGGCUGCGCCUCAACAGUGUCGUCGGCGACAAGGACGAUGGGCGUUUCGAGCAGUUUCUAGCACAGGUUAUUGGAUACUCUCCCUUCAAAAUCACCGACGAUUUCACACUGGGAGAUGCCAAUAUAGAGAAGAUGCAGUUUGGAGUCGAUCAGCUGAUGAUGUUGCACGACUCACAGAUAAUCAAACGCACCAAGCCGGACAGCACCACUGGCUUGGCCGCGUCCAAGUCCAAGGCGAGUGACAUAACCAUGACGCAGCCGGGCGGCAGGGCCCACGAUGGAGGCGGUUCCAAGAAGAGCAAAGAGAAGAUGCGCAAAUGCUGUGCUGACUACGCGGACAUUGGGGAGCCGUGCAAGGAGAAUCACUCGAAGAAGCGCGUGAAGAAGGAGUGCAGUCAUGCGCGCUACAACGAGACUCGCGAUCGUCUUCGCAAGAAGUUGUCGCAGAUUGUCAACGAUCGAAAGAGCAAGAAUGGACAAGAGGCGGGCACUCCACCCAUAGCUGCUGCCGCUCCUGGUGCCGGUGCCGCUGCCGCUGCUGCACCACCGCCCAAGGCUAAGCCGAAGACAGAGCCUGAGGCAGCCGCCACCGGAGCCGCAGCGAACCCACCAAAACGGCCGCCCAAAGCGGAGUCCGUGCCAGCCAAUGCCAGUUGCAAUCCUAAUCCCAAGCAGAACCAGCCGGCCAGUCUGAAGGUGUGCGCCACAGCUCAGCUGCAGUCGAGCUUGUCCCCUCCGGCUGCAGCGCCAGCGCCAGCAGCCCUCAACGAGAUGGGGGAUGAGGUCAAGCGGAACAACGACAGCUUGCUGUGCCUGCACAGCCUCUGCAAGAGCAUACCAGUGCAGCCGGAUGCAGCCACCUCUGCGGAAGCCUAUGCGGAGGGCUAUGCGGAUGGCUAUGCGGCGACCGUUGAGGCUGACGAUGAUGGAGCUGACGAUGAAGAGGGGGCUGCUAUCGAGGGCGAAAGCAACAGCAACAGCUAUCCCAGCGACUACACCAAGGAGGAGAUGAUGAACGACUUUGCCGAGUUCCUGGGCAGCUAUACGCGCGAGCAGGACCAGCAGCGGUGGAUAAAUGAGACUUUGAACUUCAUCGAGGGCAAGUCGCAACAGCCACAGACCAUGAACCCGAAGAAGGCGGCCAAGAAGGCCAAGCAGAAGCAGCGCAAGGAGGAGGAGAAGCGCAUCAGGGAGCUGGAGGACCUGCGCAGCCAGUUUCUUGGCAUCUACUUCAAAGAGUUCGUCGACAAGUACGAGAUGAAGGCUCUGACGGCUGCUGGCGGCCGAAAGCGCGAGAAGAAGCGCAUCAGCGAGCUGGAGGCCAACAUCAAGAAUCUCCAGAGGGCCAAGGGCAAGGUGGAGACGGCCAUUCUAGAGCUGAUAGCCACCGUGAAGCAGGCCAACAGCGAGUUCAAGUUCUCCUACCUCCCCACGAAAGAGCAGCAGCUGGCCAAGCUAGACGAGAUCAUCAAGGGGCGGUGCUCCGGUGCCGCCGGGCAGACGACACAACCAGCGCCCACCACGCUCCAGUAUCCCGAUUUUAGCGGCGGCUGCCCCACCACCACCACCUUCUUUCCGGGCCAACAGAACGCUCCUCCGGCCUGCUACGCUCCUUCCCAGCAGCAGCACCAGCAGCCACCACAUAAUCACCAACAACAACAACAACAGCAGCAACACCAGCAACAGCAACUGUUCCAUUCCAUCACUGCCGAUCCAUCGAAGCGGAUUGUCACCAUUCGACGUGUUCAACUGCCCCAUCCAGGGGCCGAGCAGCAGGUGACUGUGGUCGCCAAGGGCAGCUCCCCGCACGAAGACAAGCUGCUCUAUACAUUCGUCAACGGGCAUAUGGUGGCCUCGGCUCACCCAGACACAGUUGCUUUGGCUCCGUCGCAUCCCCAGCAGCAGCAGCAGCCGCCACCAGGUCCCAGUGUUCCGGAGAAGAGUGCCAAGGCCAAAAAGAAAGAGGCUAAGAGAGCAGCAGCGGCUGCUGCUGCUGCAACCGCGGCUGCCAAUGCUGCUGCUGCUGCCAUUGCGGCUGCUGCUGCUGCCACAGCUGCUGCUGCAGCCGCUGAACAGGAAGCAAAGAGUCAGAACGCCGCCAAGAGCAAAAAACAACAGAAGAAGAAGGGUGUGGCAGCAGUGGUGGGUGCUUCGAGCUCUGCCUCCAACAGCAGCUCCAAAUCCCACACGCCUCAAAGCAGUGCCGUCAACACGCGGGAAAACUCCGUCUGCAGCGUCCAACCGAAGUCUGCGACGAGCAAAAAGUCUGCCAAGUCUGCUCCGGAGGUGAAACCCACAAAACCGAAGACAGAGGCCAAGCCCGCGCCCCUGCCAGAGCCUCCAAAAAGACAGAAGCGCGUCAAGCCCAGGCUGGAUCAGGGACAGCUUGACAAUAAUCCAUUUAAGUCGCUUCACAUGCAGGAUUCUUCGGAGGGUGACUGUUCCACAGACAGCGAGACGGAGGAGGGCCCUGCCCUGCCGCCGCCGCCGCCGCCUCCCAAGCCCGUGCCCAAAGCCCAUGCAGUCUCGGCACCGAAGCAGGCGCCUGUUUCCGCUGUCCCUCCAAUGGCCAGCAAGCCGAAAGCAGCUGCCACUCCUGCUCCCGUCAAGCGCGUCAAGUCGGAGGCUGUUCCGCAAAAGUCCCAGCUUUCGCAGGCUCCCAAGAAACCGCCACAGACGAGUGUUAAUCCACGCAAGGGCACCGCUUCCUCGAUCAAGACGGGACAGAGUCAUCACCAGCCACAGCAGCAGCAGCAGCAGCCCGGCAAGAGCCAGUCGCAGCGCACUGCGGAAUCCUCAAGAAAGCAAAAAGUUCAGGGGCAUGCCGAUCGACAGCAGCAGCAGCAACCGCAACAGCCACAGCAGCAGCAGCAGUCAUCGCGCGGUGGACGUGGCAGCGGGAGAUCGAAGCUACAGCAGCAGUCGCAACAACACUCCGACUCCACCUCGAACGUGGGAGAUCCCAGUGCAGCACCGGCCUCUAAGCGAUCGCAGCGCGGCAAGCGGGGACAUCGCCAGAAGCAGGAAGAUCUCUCUGGCAUUCCACACAACAUGGGCUAUUUUAAUCCCAACGAAGUUGCCAUUCCUCCGGCCAUGUCAGCGGCGGCACAUGCCCCCGGAAAUGCCGGAAGUGGCAGCUAUGCGAGCACUCUGGCCCAGCAAAUGCAGCACCUGCGCAUCGGCAGCACCUCCUCAAAACAACAGCAGCAGCAGUCGCCCAACUGCAGCAUUAUGGAUCAGCUGAAUCGCGGCGUUCAGGUGGAGCAUCUGUCCCUGCCGCCGGGCAUUACGCUGACCAAGGUGGAUCCGGCCAAGAGCGAGCAGCUGCGCCAGAAGAGCGAGUCCAUCCGUCUGCUGUCCAAGCCGAUGGUCGACCAGCCGCAACAGCAACAGCACCAGCACCAGCAACAUCUCCAGCAUCAUACCUUCCAGCAGUCGCAUCUCAUGGCUGGGUACUACGGGGCGGCAGGUGGCUCCGGCGGAAUGGACAACAACGCCGUCAUCAUGGUGGAGGCCAAUCCACGUCCCAAUCGCAACAGCCAGUCCUUUGCCGCCUCCAAUGUGGCAGUGGCUGCCUCAGCGGCGAGUGCCAGUGGCAGUGGCAAAUCCUCCCGACGCCGCCGUCGCAAUCGUGGCAAGUCCGGAAGCGGAAGUGCUGGCGGUGGUCACUCCGGGGGUGCCAAUAAGCAGCGGACUGGAGCCGGGGAUCAGCAGAAGGCAACCUCAGCCACCAUCGAGUCCAGUGCUGGUAACAUUAUAACCCUCCGCAAUCCCAUGUUCCACCAGGGCAACGGCCCAGCAGCAGUCGCCGGCAGCAUGAUGCCCCCCAAUCCGAAUCCCAUGCCAGCGCCGGCUCGAAACUUUGGCGGUGGCCUGCCCGCUGCUCCCCCACCGAUGGGCGGCAUGGAUCCGCCUGCGGCGAUUAUUAAGAAUGAGAACGGAAUGUUCACCAUACGCAACCCGGCCCUGCAUCAGGCGGUCACCAAUGGUCUGGCCAUGGGCGGCUUCCGUCAGUUCGGCAGCAAUGUCAGCUACUACACGCCCCAGGAGGCGGCGGCCGAGGCAGCACGCGCCACACAGCAACAGCAACAGCAGCAGCAGCAACAGCAGGCACCGGCAUCCAGCCACAGCAGCAGCAGCAGCUCCUCGGUGGCAGCAGCUUCCAGCGAUUUCUCAUACUUCUCCAGUGGUUCUGUUAGCGGCAGUGGCAGUGGCAGUGGUACCAACGGCAACGGGACGCACAACAAUAUCAGUAUUAGCUGUACAAACGUUCCCCUGGGCAGUGGCAGCGGCAGCAGCGGCUCCGGCAACAGCCCUGGACGUCUGAUGGGCGAGGCGGCGGUCAUCGCCCGUCCAAAACAGUCGCAGAAGUGUCUGUCCGCCAUCGGCAGCGAGCUGAAGCAAAAGACCAAAGACAGCCACUCGACAGGCGCCUCGUCGAGCCAAUGGGCCAGCUAUGGCCAGCCGCAGCAGCAGCAGCAGCCGGAGUACGGGGCAGGCGUAGGCGCAGGACCAGGCGGUUCCGUGUUGCAGGAAAAGUACCAGCAGUCGAGCUAUUACAACGGCUUCGAUGUGUUCUCCGCGAGCCCCUCCCAGGUGCCGUGUGGCGGACAGAGCAGCGGACAAGGCGAAUGCCACAUGCAUCACAGCUGUGGCGACGACUCUCCGCCGCCCACCAUCACUGGUUUCAAUUCCUACCUUGAGGGCAUACCCAACACCGGGGUCAUACGCUACGACGACGCCGCCUUCCUCAAGAACUUGAUACCGGGACAGCAUCUCAACAACGAGGUCUCGAUACACAACAUCUCGGAGUCGAACUUCACGCGCAACAACACAUCGCCAACGCCGCAUCGCGUGGAGAUCACCAGUGUGUUUGGCAACCGGGGACACUCUUCCAAUGCCAAUCCCUACGAGCAGCAGGCAUCGCAGGCGGGGAUCUCCUCCAGCGUCAACUACUGCGAUAGCGUGGGUGCCGACUAUGGCAGUGAUUCCCACAUGUUUGUGCAAAGUGGCAUGAUGCCGCGACUGUCACAGGCGGGUCCCGGUCCCGCUCCGGGUCCGGACUUUGUGUACGACUUUGAGACCGGGAGCCAGCAGUCGAAGCCAGCCAGCGUGGCCAGCGAUCUGAACGAGUUCCUGCGCCGCAGUCCGCUCAGCCAGCGCACGUCGCCGUACAGUCCCGACGAGAAUGCGGCUGCUCUGGAGACCUUUGUCCAGAACAUGAAUGCCCUGCAGAUAGCGAGCGAUGCCGAGCAGUGCUCGCGUCUGAACGGAACCGGGGGCGGCCCCAAUGAUGCACUCGUGGCGGAUGCAACAGCUGGAGGCGUAGCCGCCGCCGCCGCUGCCUCGUGGUGGUAAACACACAGCAACGGCAGGACCUGGAAGAUGAUGAUCGCAUGACAAACACAAAAACAAGAACCCAACGCAUCCUUCACACCCAUGCCAAUGCCCACUCCCACGCCACGCCCCAUUACGCAGACAUUUCAUUGAUAAGACGUAAAUUAAAUUAAAGGAAACGAACACGAAAAGCAGGAAACUGGAAACUGGAAACGCAUCCAAGAAAUGAUUCAAAAUGGCUUAAAAGUCAAUUUCGAUGUUUCAACAAAAAAGAGAAAAAAUAAAAGAAAAUUUACUUAGAUGGAACUCUUGAUCUACGCGAA